GCUUGUUAGUCCCACCUUUUUGUGUUUCCCGCACCGUCAAUCAAAAUAGAAAAAAAUCGACCCGAAUUCACCGAUCAACACUAGCCCGCCUUUGAUAAAAUAAUCAUGUUUGGAGUUUAGUUGAACAGAUUAUCCUCCCGGUUACUACCACUCACACUAUGACUGGUACGUAAGCGUUUAGCGCAUCGAAGCGUGCAACUAAUCGCGCCAGAGCAGCCUCUGGAACAAGGAGAAAUGGCGUCCGCGGACGUGGACAGCAGUCAAAGCGAGUUUCUGCAACCCGGCGGCGCAGCGGAAACACAGACGACAGAUAUGUCAGCCAUUCAGCUGACUGGUUCAGACCGAUGGGAGGUGUUAACUCCUAUCUCAACCGGGAAAGAAGACCAGGGAGUCCUUCACAUUCCAAACUCUGGGAUUGUCACAUCAAAUGGGCAGUACGUUCUUCCAAUUGGGAGUCUUCCCAACCAGCCCAUUUAUGUUACAGCAUCCGGGAAUGAGGCUGCAGCCAAUGGAGUUUCGGGGAUUCAAUAUCAGGUCAUCCCGCAAAUCCAAAAUGCCGAUGUGACUAUUGCAGGAUUCCAAACACAGGGUUUGGAUGAUGGCACAGGGCAGAUCCAGCUCCUACAAGAUGGCAGCCAUGGCAGCAUUGGAAUCAGCUGUGCCACUACAACGACCACAGACCUCCUGACGCAGGCAGGGCAUGUACAGUCAAUCCAAGGCGUCCCGUUGACAGGGGGGUCAGCAUACACUGGCACCGUACCUGUAGGGCUGCCGGGAAACAUCACAUUCGUCCCUAUAAACAGUUUGGAUCUGGAGUCUUUAGGACUGACAGGAGCGCAGACAGUCCCCAUUGCAACUGGGGUAACAGCUGAAGGUCAGCUGAUCAUGAGCGGCCAGACGUUGGAGAGUCAGGGUCAGGACGGCAGCGCCAAACAGUCACUGGUGACGGUGAGCAACGCCAGUGGAAACCACGAACUCUACGUGCCCACCACUUCCUCCUCCAUCUCGUCCAAUCUCCCCGAGACCAUCGACGGCACUGGGGUUCUGACCCAAGCUACCGCCGUGUCUGCUGGGGUGUCUGACCCCAUGUCCUCGGCGAACUACAACUCCCACAACCACCUGCAGCAAAUCCAGGUCUCAACCUCUAACGCCACCACUAUCUCACAGCCCAUCCUGCAUCUGUCCGGGGACACUCAGGCCCAGGUGGCUCAGGGUCAGGACCUGAACGCAGGAGGUCAGACUCUGCAGAGUGUGCAGCUGGUCAACCCCGGGACCUUCCUCAUCCAGGCCCAAACUGUCACUGCUACCGGACAGAUUCAGUGGCAGACUUUCCAGGUUCAGGGUGUCCAGUCACUCCAAGGGCUCCAGCUGCCGCAGGGCCAGGGUCAGGCACAGCAGCUAACCUUAGCCCCCGUGCAGACCCUCCCUCUGGGCCAGACCGGACAAGUCAGCCUGCCCAACCUCCAGACAGUCACAGUGAACUCUGUAACACAAAGCGGGGUUCAGUUCACACAUGGGGAGGAUACAAACAGUCCAGCUGGUAUCCAGAUAAAAGAGGAGCCGGACUCGGAGGACUGGCAGCUGAGCGGAGACUCCACGCUGAACCCCAGUGACCUGAACCACCUGCGUGUUCAGAUCGGAGAGGAGGACAUGGACGCGGUGAGCGGAGAGGGCAAGAGGCUCCGCAGAGUGGCCUGCACCUGCCCCAACUGCAAAGAGUCUGGAGGAAGGGGUUCCGGCAUGGGCAAGAAGAAGCAGCACAUCUGCCACAUCGCCGGCUGUGGGAAGGUUUACGGGAAAACGUCUCAUCUGCGGGCUCACCUGCGCUGGCACAGCGGAGAGAGACCCUUUGUCUGCAACUGGAUGUUCUGUGGGAAGAGGUUCACCAGGAGUGACGAGCUGCAGAGACACAGGAGGACACACACAGGAGAGAAGAAGUUUGUGUGCACAGAGUGCUCCAAGAGGUUUAUGCGGAGCGACCACCUGGCCAAGCACAUAAAGACUCACCAGAAUAAAAAAGGCGGCGUUGCCUCCACGUCCCCGCCCACCGCCGAAACCGUAAUCACCGCAGACGGUACCACGCUCAUCCUCCAGACGUCCACUCACGACCUCGUAGGCAAUCAGGAGAUCCCUAUACAGCUGGUCACUGUGGCGUCCGGUGAGGUCAUGGAAUAAGGGGGCGAAUGGGGUGAGGUGGAUUUUUAUAAGAACUGGCCUAUCACAGGGACCUCUCGGGCUUUUCUCUUUCCCUCUUACUUUUUUUGUUUGUUUUUUACAUAUGAAUAUAUACGUAAAUAUAUAUGACAAAUAUAUAUAUUUUAAGUAAGAGUUAUCAUGACUUUAUGUUUGUUUUUGCAGUCUUUUUAUAGGCAGGCAAAAAAGUAACAGUAAAUGUGGUCGCUAUGUACACGCGUCAACACACAUUCUCACACACACACACACACACACACACACACACGACAUAUUAAUACUUGACAUGAAUACUUAACACAAUGAAAUGCCUUAUUUUGUAUCAUACUCUUGUAUAAAAUGCUGGAGGUGCAUGUGUUUUUUUAAGCUUUGCAGAUAACUGUAACAGAUAUAAAUGUGUUUGUGAAGUGGAGAUGAUGAUGAUGAUGAUGAUGAUGAUGAUGAUGAUGAUGAUGAUGAUGAGGAAGAGGAGUUUGUUUUGAAAGAGAUAGAAAAGGUGGCAGGGAACCUCUCUGGGGAGUUCUGACAAAACUGAGCGCAGCUUGUUUGAAGCAGCGUCACAUCCACAUGAAACUGUUGCACUGCUGAGAACACAAAUGCUUUUAAUUCAUUGAGUAACAGACCUUUUGCACAUUGGCCUUCUUGUUGAGAGUUAGCUGAGAAGAAUGAUAACUGUCGUGUUUUUACAGCAGAUUUGAAACUAGCUUAGCUUAGCACGAACACUGGAAAACAGGCAAACUGCUUCCCUGACUUUGUCCAGAGGUGACAAAUAUGUCUGAACACCUCUGCAGCUCAUCAUUCUAAUAUUAGUAUCUUUGUUUAUAAUGAACAACAACUAAUAUAUUCCAUCAUGGCAUCUCCACAGCCAAUGAAUAACCUCGUACUAACCCAUUGUUUAAAAAAAAAAAAGUCCAUUGAACCUUUACACUUCAGGUUAUGUAUAGUUUGAAAAACAUGACACAGUAUGAUCUAACAAGCUCCAUGAGGUGAUUGUUGUCAGAUUUUGAAACCGUUGGAUAAAGCCAAGUUAGCUGUUUUGUUUUUAUUUUUGUGCUAAACUAAGCUAGCCCCCUGAAGUGCAUUCUGCACGGACAUGUUAGUCGUCUCAUCAAACUCUCUGCAAGAAAGCACGUGAGCAGAUUUUCUCACAAUAUCAAACUUUCCUCUAUAAAUUCCCGGCAGCUGUCGGCCAAUCACAGGCAGCAGCCAGGAGGUUGACGCUGAUGUCACGCAGUGCUGCUUCAGGCAGGCUGGGAUGUUUGAUUGGUGCUCAGAGUAGGACGACAGUGCCACUGUUAGCUGAUCUGAAGUUGGUGUUUUGUGAUAUCAAGGAGAGGGAAAAUAGAUGCAAGCCGUUUUUUUUUCUAAAAAGGGCGACUUCUUCCAGCAUCUGGUCAGUCUGAACAGAAUGUCUCAUCUGUCCUCACAAGCCCACUGUCCACUGUUUGUCCACAUCAAAUUAUUUUACUUUCCUUUCUAAUAUUUUGUUGUAAAUUCACAUUAUUUGCCUGUUUUCACCAAUCUGUUGACUGAAUCGAAGCCACAUGACGGUGAUCAUAGAUUUUAAAGCGUAAAGGAGUUACCUCUGGGUUAACUGCAGGGUUCUUCACUGUCAGCUGCACAUGGACACAGGAGGAGAACAUGCACCAAUGUUUCCAAGUGAAGAAAACCAAGAAACGGAUGCAAGCAAAAUGAGCGAGCCCUCGAGGGUGUUUCUGUCAUUGAACAUUCCAGUUGGACACCAGAUGAUGUGGGAUUAGUUUUGCAAUAACUGCUCUGUUGGUUAUUCUGGUCAGAUGUCGCUCAAGUAAAAAGGAAAACAAUCAUGCCAUUGUUUUUUUGUUUUUGUCUUUGUUUUUUUUAAAUUGUAAUUAAUGUAACCUUUUCCUCAGUUUGUCCUCAUGUUUGUAGCAACCAUUUACAUGUAUAUUAUCUUAUUUUCACAUUGUUUAUAGAAGCCAUUUACUUAGUUAACUGAAUUUGUUGUAUCAAAACCUUAUUUUAAGUGAUUUUUUAAAAAGAAAUGGUGUAAAAAUUGAAUGUUACCUUUUGUAAAAGCUUUUUUCAAAUGGAUCACAAUAAAAGUCUGAAACCUUCCAGUAA